AUGUUUAGUUGGUUUUACGAAUUGAAUAAAGAUCAAGUUAUCGAAGAAUUACUAAAAAGAAACAUCGAGCACGAGAAAGGCCAGAAACUCGACGAUUUAAGGAAGCUGUUAAAAAACGCAAUUAGAGAAGAGGCAGAAAAAGCGGCUAAAGUUCAGGUAGAAGAGAAAGCUACAGAAGAGAAUUUUGAAGAUUGUAUUGAAGUAGUCGAGAAAAAAGGAGUUAAAAUUGACAUUAGUAGUGAGAGUGAAAUAGUAAGCGAUAGCGACAGCGAAACCACAAUGGCUAGUGAAGCAACGAAGCUAGAGUUUUGUCUGGAAAAAGGGGACUGGGACACAUUUAUUGAACGUUUAGAAAAUUAUUUCGACGCCAAGGAUGUUCCAGAAGCAAAAAGGGUGCCAGUAUUUUUGAUGAGACUGGAUAAUGAAGCAUAUAAGUUGAUAAGGGAUUUAUGUGCGCCAGCAAAGCCGAAAGAAAAGUCUUUCGACGAAUUAAAAGAUUUGUUUAAGCAACAUUUGAAUCCGGCACCUUCGGAGGUUAUGGAAAGGCAUAAUUUUCACCAGGCUAGGCAGCAGCAAACAGAGUCAGUGGCAGAUUUUGCGGCACGCUUAAAAAAGCUGGCGGUAUUUUGUAACUUUAAGGAUGUUAAGGAAGCUCUAAGAGACCAAUUCGUGUGUGGUUUAAGAGACACCGACACAAAGAUAGAAUUGUUCAAAAAAAAAGACUUAACGUAUGAUAUCGCAAAAUCAGAAGCGCUAGCACGAGAAAGAGCAGUAGAAAAUGCUAAAGAUUCGAUGAAAUUACCGGAAGUGACUACAAGUAAAGAUCACGUGUAUAAAUUUAAGCACUUAAAGAAGAAUACCGGUAUAACAAAUAACGGGCAAGAUGAAAAAAACCAAAAAAAUUUAACAUGCUAUAUUUGCGGAAAAAAAGGUCACAUGACAUCGCAAUGCAAACAUAAGGCGAAAGAAUGCAAUGUUUGUCAUCGGAGGGGUCAUCUGGCGGCAGUCUGCAAGGAAAAGGGUAAGACAACGGUUAAAUUCUUGGAAAAAAAAGCAGAUACAUCGGCAAUGGAAGAAAACAGAGACAAGUGUACGUGCAGCGAGCACGAUUUCUUUUCAUUGCGCGAUUGUAAUGAUAAUCCUGUAAAUCAAUUAUAUAAUAUUCAAGCGGAGCCGAUGAGGCUAAAAUUGAAAAUAAACAAUAAGAUAGUCGAAUUCGAGAUAGACACCGGCACGUAUGAAACAGUAAUGUCAAAGAUAACAAAAGAUAAAUUUUUCGGAGAUAUUAAACUGGUCGAGCAGAAAAGGAAUUUAUUUUGUUACGACGAUAGAGUAAUAAAACCGUUGGGCUCACUAGAGAACUUGAAAGUCGUAUUCAAUAACAAGAAUUUCAAGUUGAGUUGUUUUGUUUUCAAGGGUACUGGUCCACCGCUCAUAGGCAGGCGUUGGUUAGCAAUGUUUGGAUUGUGGCCUCUGAGAGAAUUUUCGAAUUUUUCAAUGUUUAAUAUUAAUUCGGUCGAAAGUUUGAUAACUAACGAAUUUAAAAUUUUAUUUGGAAACACACCGGGGUGUUUCAAUAAAGAAGAGUUAAACAUACAUUUAAAAGAAAAUACAACGUCGACGGCUUUGAAGACAAGACACGUACCAUAUGCGAUGAAAAAGCUAAUAGAGCAAGAAUUAGAUAGACUAAACCGUCUAGGACACAUUAUAUCGGUAGAAGUUAGCGAAUGGGCUACACCCAUCGUACCGAUAGUAAAGAAAAACGGAACGGUCAGAAUAUGUGGCGAUUUUAAAUUAACAUUGAACCCGAGCGUUAUCGUUAAUAAAAAUCCGUUGCCGCGUAUCGAAGAUAUUUUUGCUGCGAUGCAAGGUGGCGAAAAAUUCUCCGAACUCGAUAUGCCGCACGCGUAUAUGCAAAUACCGGUAAAAAAAGAGUGUCAACAGUUUUUAACAAUAACAACGCACCAAGGAUUAUAUAGAUAUACGAAAAUGCCAGAAGGAGUUUCGACCUGCCCGGGUGAAUUUCAAGGUAUUAUGGAAAAUAUUAUAAGAGGUAUUCCGAAUACGAUUUCGUACCUGGAUAAUAUUUACGUAACAGGUAGUAAUGAUAUCGAGCAUUUAGCAAAUUUAAAAGAAGUUUGUAAAAGAAUGGAAAACGCCGGUUUAAGAAUUAACAAAGAAAAAUGUAAUUUCAUGAAAGAUAAAAUUGAUAUCCUAGGGCAUGUUAUCGACAAAAAUGGUUUGCACAAGGCAUACUCUAAAGUGAAAGCGGUUUUAGAAGCGCCGCAGCCUGAAAAUAAAAAACAAAUACAAUCAUUCUUAGGAUUAGUAAAUUUUUAUGCAAAAUUUUUGCCAAAUCGUGCUAAUAAAUUAAAAAAUUUAUACGAAUGCGCCGGUAAAGAAAAAUUCGUAUGGUUAAAAAAAUGCGAGGAAGAGUUUAAGUGGGUAAAAAAAGAAAUAGUUUCACCAACUAUAUUAGCACAUUAUGAUCAAAAGAAAGAACUAAUUUUAGCAUGUGAUGCUUCGGUUUACGGUCUAUCAGCAGUGCUCUCGCAUAAAUUCGACGAUGGCACUGAACGUCCGAUUGCUUUUGCCUCAAAGAAAAUACCAGAAAAAGAAAAUAGCAGAGCGAUUAUAGACAAAGAGGCGGCAGCAAUCGUUUUCGGGUUUAAACGAUUCUAUGACUAUAUUUUCGGAAGAGAAAUUACGUUGAGAACAGACCACAAGCCUUUGAAAUUUAUUUUCGGCUCAAAAACAGGUAUCCCUCUUACAGCAGCUAACAGACUGCAAAGAUGGGCAUAUUUUCUAUCAGGUUUUAAAUAUAAUAUUGAGUAUAUUAAAUCACAACAAAACGGGAACUGUGAUGCCUUGUCAAGGUUACCGAUAGAAGACGAUACAGAUAUUUUUGAGAGUGAUUUUACGCCGCUGUAUUAUAUACAAGAAGGUUUAGAAAAUGUAAAUAUUAAACUUGUAGCGAACGAAACCGAAAAAGCGGUAUUAUUAAAUAAAAUUAAAAAUUUUGUAAUCAAUGGUUGGCCAAAGAACACAGAUAUACUAUCGCAAGACGAAACAAUAUUUUUCAAUAAACGUCUAGAAAUUUCGGUAGAUAAUGGUUGUCUUUUAUGGGGGCAUCGUUUAAUUAUACCGGAAGGAUUAAGACCGAAUAUCUUAAAGGAACUUCACAAAUCGCAUUUGGGAAUUGUAAAAAUUAAAACACUAGCAAGAUCGUAUAUCUGGUGGCCAGGCAUUGAUGCUGAUAUCGAAUUUAUGGUAAAUUCAUGUGUAACGUGUAUGCAAGACCGAAAGAAUCCGCCUAAAACACAGUUAACACCAUGGCCAUGGCCCGAAAAACCAUGGAGUAGAGUACAUCUAGAUUUUCUUGGCCCAUUUUAUAAUAAAAUGUUGCUAGUCGUGAUAGACGCGCACUCAAAAUGGCCAGAGAUUAUAGAUUUUAAGACGGACACAACUGCGGAAAAAUUAAUUUGUAGUAUGAGAAAAAUUUUUGCGAGAUAUGGAUUACCGGAACAUAUCGUUUCCGAUAACGGUAGACAAUUUGUAAGCGAAAAAUUUAAAAAAUUUUUGUCAGAAUUAGGUAUUAAACAAUCUUUUUCUCCACCGUAUCAUCCAGCGACUAACGGUGCAGCUGAAAAUUUCGUCGGUAUUUUUAAAGACAAAAUAAAUAAAAUUGUAAAAGGAGGAAGAGGAUUGGAUGAAGCAAUAGAUAUUUUCCUGUUCGAUUACAGAAGUAUCUCGCACUGCACUACAGGCAAAAGCCCUGCAUUUUUAAUGUAUAAACGGCAGCUACGAACGCCUUUUGAUAAGUUGCGUCCGAGCGCAGACGUCACAGUCAAAGUAAAGCAAGAGGCGCAAAUAAGGAAUUGUAGCGGUUCUCGAAACCCUGCACUAAAUGUUGGCGAUACCGUUUUGGCAGAUGUGUACAAUGCCGGUAAUAAAAAACGUGUACCGGCAGAAAUUGUAGAACGCUUAACGCCGUCGACAUUUAAGGUCAAAAUUGACGACAAAAUGCAUAAGCGUCACUGCGAUCAACUGAUUGAUUGUAAAGCUGAUUUAGCCGUAAGACGUUCCGAGCGUUUGGCGUCAAAAAGCGCAGAAAACAAAUACUUAAAGCGGGAGGAGUUGUGA